GGCGUGCAGGACGAGCCGCUGCUGAGAGAAAACCCGCGCCGCUUUGUCAUCUUUCCCAUCGAGUACCACGACAUCUGGCAGAUGUAUAAGAAGGCCGAGGCGUCCUUCUGGACGGCCGAGGAGGUGGACCUUUCCAAGGACCUGCAGCACUGGGACACCCUGAAGCCCGAGGAGAGGCACUUCAUUUCCCACGUCCUGGCUUUCUUUGCAGCCAGCGACGGCAUAGUGAAUGAGAACUUGGUGGAGCGGUUUAGCCAGGAGGUUCAGAUCACCGAGGCCCGCUGCUUCUACGGCUUCCAAAUUGCCAUGGAAAACAUACAUUCUGAAAUGUACAGUCUCCUCAUUGACACCUACAUUAAAGAUUCCAAAGAAAGGGAGUUUCUCUUCAACGCCAUCGAGACGAUGCCUUGUGUCAAGAAGAAGGCAGACUGGGCCUUGCGCUGGAUUGGGGACAAAGAGGCCACCUAUGGAGAGCGUGUUGUAGCUUUUGCUGCGGUGGAAGGCAUCUUCUUUUCUGGUUCUUUUGCAUCAAUUUUCUGGCUCAAGAAGCGGGGACUGAUGCCUGGCCUCACGUUUUCCAACGAACUCAUUAGCAGAGAUGAGGGUCUGCACUGUGACUUUGCCUGCCUGAUGUUCAAACACCUACUGCACAAACCUUCUGAGAAGAGAGUGAAAGAAAUAAUUACCAAUGCUGUUAAGAUUGAACAGGAGUUCCUCACGGAGGCCUUGCCGGUGAACCUCAUCGGGAUGAAUUGUACUUUGAUGAAGCGGUACAUUGAGUUCGUGGCCGACAGACUCAUGCUGGAGCUGGGUUUCAGCAAGGUUUUCCACGUGGAAAACCCAUUUGACUUCAUGGAGAAUAUUUCGCUGGAAGGGAAAACGAACUUCUUUGAGAAGAGAGUAGGAGAGUACCAGAGGAUGGGAGUGAUGUCAAGCCCAACAGAGAAUUCUUUUACCCUGGAUGCUGACUUCUAAAUGAAUCCAAGGUGUGCUAGUUUGCUCGUAUGUGAAAUUGGCACUUUAUACGCAGAUAAACAUAGCUUAUAUUGUCUGUAUAAAGGCCCUAUUUAGCCUAAGCUGAGUAGUUUGUACACCAAAUGCACAGUAUUCUGUUGACCAUUAAUGGGGGCCAGCUCAAAAUUUACCAGGUGGCCAAGUUAAACUGUAAUGUAAGCAUGUUAUCUGUGAGCUGAAGUGCCUUUUCAUCUUUAAGUUCAGUCCUGUGUAUACCUGAGUAUUAAUCCUGUUGCCACCACGUAGGAGGUGGGUUGUGUUUUGUGUUCUGUAGCCUGGGCCUAGUGUCAUGAGAUGAACGGGAAGGACCCUCUAACUUAAACACUAGGCACCAAAGUGUGGUCUGCUGGCUGCAUCUGGCAACCUGGGUGUGUUUAAUUUGCAUAUAAAUAGGUGCUAUGGGCUUAAUAGGAAAUUUUUUUUUUAAUUUUUAAAUUUUACUUUAAAAAAAA